AUGACAGACGCGAGGAUACUUGCUGAGAUUCUCAGCGCCGAGUUGCUCUUGUCCGAUCAGUACUCUCGAGCUGCACGCUUCAAGGAUCCGUCCGUGAAGAUGUUGACGUCGAAGUUCCAAUCGCAGCUUAAGUCGCACAUCAGCGUCUUGCAAGGAUUGCUCAAGGACGCCGCUGGAAAGCCUCAAAUUGACGCUGGCAAGGGAGUCUUCACCAAGAUCAUGAACGCUGCUUUUGGAAAGGAUCUCGACCCGGCAUUCGAUGCUUACAACACCAGCACGAACUUCCUGCUCGCGGCAUCUGUUACAGCACCCCUGGCAUCCAGCCUCUCGGUCGCCGGUCUCUCGCAGUUGCAAGGAGCCGACGCUAAAAAGGCAGUAGCGGGCAUCUCCAGCACCUUGGCCGGCCAAAGCUCCGUCCUCGGAGUCCUCCUUAAGCUCCGCAAGCUCGAGAAGGUCCAGCCAUACGGUCUCACGGUGAGGGAGUUCUCGAGCCAGCUCCAGGAACUCCAGAAGACGCUGGAGCUCCUCCAUCACGGCCAAGUUGCCGAAUCCUCUCCAGCAGCAGCAUCGUCAUCGCGGAACUCUACGAAUGUCUCGAGUUCCAAAGCAAAAGUCUCUCCUUCCACCGCCCGGGAUCCAAAGCAACAUCCGGAGGAGAUUGCCGCGAUACUGAUGGAGCUCGGUUUUUAUGCGCCUGGACAGCAGUGACGAUCACACCAGUUAGAA